AUGGGCGUAUCGGGCAAGCUUGAGGAAAGACUCCUUAAGGCUGCUCAAAUUAUGCUCCGCGUGGGUGACAUCCGGUCGUAUUGCCGCUUCACUGCGCAGGCCGGCCAUUGGGAGAGGGCAAUUUGCAUUGCGCCCGCUGUCAGCCACAAGUUCUGGCAGGAGCUGUGCGCAGAGUAUGUUGAGACCUUGAGCGCGGCGAGCGACAUCGAGGAGGCAGCACCUUUCAUGAUAUCUGCUGGUCGAUCUGCGAAGCUGGUGGAUCAGUACAUAGAUAGAAGCGAGCUGGAUCACGCCUUUGUC